GGAAGGAAGCACAGAGUCCAACCGUAUAUAGGCCGACACUCGAUCCUAUCAUUCAGUUUUCGCUAUGAGUAUGAAUGGAUCGAGACCUGGUGGAGACACUGCGCUGUGACAUGUGAAGCAUAAAAAAUAUAUAAAAUCGGACAGAAUUUGAACUGCAUAAUAUGUGGAAAAGCUGCGGAAUGGAGCGCGGGCACUCAAAACCGUCCAGCGCUCCAUGUACCGGUCAUCCACCACGUCUGGCUUCCAUAAAAAAAACAGCUUGCGUUUUUUCUAUCACCUGGACUGGUGUGUAGACUCUAGACCCUAAAACAAAUCUUCAUAGACCCUCUACAGUUCUCAUAGUCUACUAGGUUUUAACUUUUGCAUAUUUUACACGAAUCAUGAGAAGCAGUUUCAGAAGUUCGGUUUCGUCACCCACAUCGGACAGGACUGGUUUGCUGAUGCAAAAUGCUUGGACUUUGGUCCACGGCAACAUCCAGUAUCAAGAUGUUACUGACACAUUUCAUACUGGUGACAGCCUUAGCUACUGUUCUAAUAGCCCCUCUACCAAACAGGGUUAACAGAGCUGGAAUUCCAACUCUUGGAUCCUUUUUUGAACGAGUGUCAACUUUGUUAAGAGCACUUGAGAGAUUCACAGAACACCAUGACUUGAGCCAACCAAGGCAACUUUCAAAUUCUUCCUUGACGACUCUUGAGGAAAUGUGGGAGACUUUAGAAGUAGUCUUCAGGCAUUUUCAACGAUUGGAGGAUGAUCUUCCACCACAGUUACAUAGUCCAGUUAGCAAUGCCCUUCACGAAACCCUUGACUUUUUGAGGCGUGUUCUUGAGACUAUAGUAUCAGAUAACAGAUACUUACGCAGGUCGUGCAUGUGCUGCCGUGAUUGUCUGUGUGCUCUUCGUCUGCCUCUAUCCGCAGUUUUCUCCAUACGUUGGUGCUCUCACUACCGGUAUCACCAAGUGCCUCGGCGAACAGGUCAACCUGCUGAAGUCGCCUGCAGUUAUUCUGCUUGCGAUCAUUGUCAUAGUUCCAAGCAUUGUGUUUCGUGUAGGCAUGUCAUCAGACAUAUUCUUCAAUCGACGCUCCCUAGCUGUCAUCGUAGUCUUCAUUUUCGUGUGGAAUUGGAUUUAUUUCUACCAGGAAGAAAACAACCAUGCAUUAAACCUAAUAAUCCCGGCCAACUGCAUGCCACACAAGAUGACCUGGGUGCAGGCCUUGCAGGAAUGGUUUAGUUCCAUGACGUCCAUCCGCACAGAUGAGUGCUUUGAGUACUAUAGGAUCCCUCUGAUCAGGGCCUUAUCCCGAACUGUCAAUCUAUUUUUCAUUGACACCUUUCGGUACAUCGGUCAAGCCAUCUACGAAUGCCAUGAGGAGAUCUUAAGAGACCAACCAACCCACGUUGGGAUCUCUGCACUCACAGCAUGCUAUGGCAUAGGGACGAUUGCUGUCUACUUUUCGUACGUUUUGUACAUCUCUGCAGAGGAAACCACCAGCACUGGGAGCUACCCGGUUACCGGUUUUCCAAAUGACAUACGAAGUAUGUCUCCUCCUACAAAGGGCAAUGUGGGUCGACGCCUUCAACCUCGAGGGGGAGCCACAGGAGCCCGAUGAGGAGGACAUAUGUAUGCGCCAUGCUGCAUACAGAAGUUGUAUUUUUGGCAGCAUGGCAAAUUAUUCAAGAUUCAAGAUUUAUUUUAUUUAAUGCUUGAAUACUUUACGGUUGAAUUGAUACUGAAUUUACGUAUUUAAAAAACAUGUAAAAAUAACAGAGGGUACGAAAACAGAUCCAGGUAAAAUACAAUGACAGAAAAGGUGUACACAAAUUGCAAAUUUAAAUUGAUAAUAUAAAUUAAUCUGGAAAUUGGAAACCAUAUGAAUUUCAUUGAAAUAGAAACCUGCUGAAAGUAAUCCGAAAAAAUAAAAUCAAUGAAUUUUGGAAUUUUCAAUUUAAAGACUUAUUUAAUCAUGACUACAAAUUAUUUUCUCCCUUGAAUAUGUAUGUAAUAUGAAUAAAGAAAAUAUAUGCUCUGUUUGUAUCAAAGAAAAUCAAAGAAGUAUGACUCACACAUAUUCCGAGUAGAAGCUAUCAAUUUGGCCAAAACAUGACAUUCCACAGCUAUGAGAGAGUUAAUGAUGUACGGUCACUUGGUCAAAGGUUAGUAACUCGACCCCCCCCCCCCCCCCUUCCAGAACACUUGUAAUAACUUAGCCAAAUGUAAACAUUGGAUAAGACAAAAGACUUCCUGUCUCCGUCCCAAUAACAAGACCCUUUCCCUGAACAGGUUAUGUGUGGUAGCUAAACCACCGUGAGAGUGUAAUAACUGUUAUAAAGGAAGGCAGAGGUAUUUGUGAGAUUCACUCCUGUACUGCACCCCCAUCCAUGGGGCAGGCAGGGAGGUCGACUCUGCAAGCUUUUGGUGUAACAUGUCAUUAUAUAGGUAUUGACAAUCAAGAUGUAAGAGUAACUAUAUGUGUUGUGUAAUGGAUAGUGUAUUGUUUUAUACCGAGAUUUCUGGAAUGUAACUGGGAUUUGGCUGGAAUUACUGUUGGACUUAGCCUGGAUAGUGUAUUCAAUGUUUAUUCCGAAAACCUCGACAUGAGACCGGAAUCAUGCAUGGAAGAAAUACUGGGGCGACUUCUAGGAACAGUAGGGUUUAUCUUUCUAUCUUUGUUUUUCUGUUAACCUCGUAGAGAGGCCGGAAAGGGCACAUUGUUGGCAGAGAGGAUUGGCCAAAAGUUAUAAGAUUUCUUUGUAUAUCGUAAUGUCGAAUUUUUGUAUCUUAAGAGUUUGUUAAGAUGUGAAAGGAAUAUCCAUAGGGCAAGGUUGUUACGAAAUAUAGUUGAUAGUUUUACUGCU